AUGGCACCAAGCUCAGUUGUGCUCACAAUUGAGAAGCCCAAUCACUACUCUCUGGUAGAAAUCAAUGCCAAAGAUUCAUCAGAGCUGCAGGAAAAGGAAAAAGCUGCAAGCCCCAAGCAGUUUACAUGGGUUCUUCUUCUUAAAGCUCACAGAGCUCUUACCUGCAUUUCAUGGCUGGCCUCAGGUUUUCGGGCUAGAUUCGGCGCGAUGAAGAAGCGCAUUGCCUUAUCCGAAGUGAGGGAGGAAGAACUUGAGAACAGAGGAAACAAAGGAGGCAGAGGAAUGCUGUUUAGAUUUAUAGGAGUUUUACUUCUUGUUUCAAUCGUUGCUUUGGUGUUGGAAGUCAUUGCCCAUUUCAAGAAAUGGGAUUUCAAUCUGAUCCAGCCGUUGGAGGCUGAGGUUGAGGGCAUUGUGCAGUGGUCCUACAUGGCUUGGCUGGCUUUCAGAGCUGAUUAUAUUGCCCCUUUGGUUAUAAUGCUGUCAGAGUUCUGCGUUCUGCUUUUCAUGAUCCAAUCUCUGGACCGACUGAUUCUAUGCCUGGGGUGUUUCUGGAUUAAGUACAAGAAGCUAAAGCCCAUGAUGGAAGUUGAAGCUUGUGACACUGAGGAUCCUUCUGGUUUCCCAAUGGUCCUUGUUCAGAUUCCCAUGUGCAAUGAGAAAGAGGUAUAUGCACAAUCUAUCUCUGCUGCCUGUCAGCUGGAUUGGCCGAGAGAUCGGCUUUUAAUUCAAGUCCUGGAUGAUUCAGAUGAUAAGAAUGUGCAGCUUCUCAUAAAAAAUGAAGUCUCUUCAUGGAGUCAGAAGGGAGUGAACAUAAUCUACAGGCAUAGAUUUAUCAGAACUGGGUACAAAGCCGGCAAUCUCAAAUCAGCAAUGUCCUGUGACUACGUUAAAGACUACGAAUUUGCUGCAAUAUUUGAUGCAGACUUCCAGCCAAAUCAUGACUUUCUCAAAGGAACAAUUCCUUACUUUAAGAACAAUCCCGAAUUGGGUCUAGUACAGGCUCGCUGGGCAUUUGUGAACAAGGAUGAGAAUCUGCUUACUAGGCUCCAAAACAUCAAUCUAUGCUUCCACUUUGAGGUGGAACAGCAAGUCAAUGGUGUUUUCCUCAAUUUCUUCGGGUUCAAUGGUACUGCUGGUGUUUGGAGAAUUACGGCUUUAGAGGAGUCCGGUGGCUGGCUCGAGAGAACAACAGUAGAGGAUAUGGACAUUGCAGUUAGAGCCCACUUGAAUGGGUGGAAAUUCAUCUUCCUUAAUGAUGUCAAAGUGCUCUGUGAAUUACCAGAGUGUUAUGAAGCUUACAAGAAACAGCAGCAUCGAUGGCAUUCUGGUCCAAUGCAGCUCUUUCGAUUAUGCCUCCCUGCAAUCAUAACAUCCAAGAUAUCGAUGUGGAAGAAGGCCAACUUGAUAUUUCUCUUCUUUCUUCUUAGGAAACUGAUACUUCCCUUCUACUCAUUCACACUGUUUUGCAUAAUUCUUCCAUUGACUAUGUUUGUACCAGAGGCUGAACUGCCUAUUUGGGUAAUUUGUUAUGUCCCCAUACUCAUGUCGCUUCUGAAUAUUCUGCCAGCUCCAAAAUCUUUUCCUUUCUUGAUUCCUUAUCUUCUUUUUGAGAACACCAUGUCUGUAACGAAAUUCAAUGCGAUGAUUUCGGGACUAUUUCAGUUGGGAAGUGCUUAUGAAUGGGUAGUGACAAAGAAGACAGGCAGAUCAUCUGAGUCUGAUCUGCUAACCAUUGCUGAGAAGGAACCAAAAUCUUCAAAUCAAGAGAAGAUCCAUAGGAGGUUUUCUGAAUCUGAUGUAGAUAAAUUCAGAAAAGUGAAGGAACAUGAAGUCUCUCUUCUAAAGAAGAGAAAUAGGGUCUACAGGAAAGAACUUGCACUUGCAUUCCUUCUGCUCACUGCAUCUGCUAGAAGCUUAUUGUCAGCACAUGGGGUUCACUUCUACUUCUUGUUGUUCCAAGGGUUGUCAUUUCUUGUUGUGGGCUUGGACUUGAUUGGUGAGCAGAUGAGCUAA